UUUGGGAAGUAUUUUUACUCCCCCUCAACAUAGAGAAGAGGAAAUGUCCAAACCGGAUCACUGCCCCCAUUUUCAUACUGAGCUUUAAGAGGAGGUUCCCCUAUGUGAAGAUUGCAUUAAGCAGCCUCAUCUGCAAAGGAGGACACAGACCUAGGAGAAUCACAGGAACCAAGAAAUAUCUGCACCAUGAAAGUUAUGCUAAGUUUUGCUCUGCUGGCUGUAUCUAUCAUCUAUAUGGUCUCUGCUGAUCCAGGCAAGCCAAGCAAGUGCUGUAUCAGGGUCUCCAGAGGGAAACCCAGCCCUGCAAUGAAAAUUGAACGUUUCGACCUCCAAACAGCAAAUCCUCCAUGUGUUGAGGCUGUAAGGUUUUUUACAAAUACAAACAGGAUUAUGUGUGCCCCUCCUAAUUUACCUUGGGUUAAAAGGAAGCAAGCAGAGCUCAGUAAAAAACAAGAAGAACAGAAGACCGAGUAGAAUGAGAAGAAAACACAAACAAUGGAAACAGGAUCUAUACUGACCAGUAAAGAAGAAGCUCAAUACCUCACAUGGUUACUUGUCACUUAUACAUGUUUAAAAUGUUGUUAUUUAUUGGACAUGCAGUAGUUAGAAGCACUUUCGUAUUUAUCAUCUUCUCAGUAUUAGUUAGUAUUAUUUAGUGUACCUCCCAUGUUGGGGGCACUUUUAUGACAAAUAUAUAUAUACACACACACUCAGGCUAUCUGAUAAAAAAAAAAAAAAAAAAAACUGUACUUACAUCCCUAGCUCCCCUGCAGCCUCCGUUAUUACGGUUCCGGGUCUCCGCCAUGCUACACAUCCCAAUACUACAGGCAAUACAUCACAUUGCCGCUCAUCCAAUCACUGCCGAAGGUGGGACACUGCUGUGGCUAGUGAUUGGCUUAGCAGCAAUGUGAUCUAUUGUUUGCAGCAAGAGGAAGUGGAAUGUAGAGGAGACCAGGCACCACAAUAAUUGAUGCUGUGGGGAAGAGAGGGAGGUAAGUACAGUUUUCUUUUUUUCUUUUUUUUUUUUAUCAGAUAGUCUGGGCAUAUUUAUUAUAUUGACUUUAAAGGAACCAGAGCAAAUCUGCGAAUCCUCCACUACUAUUGCAGAUUUGCAACAGACCUAUUGAAGUCAAUGGGUAGCAAAAUCCUCUGCAGAUUUUAAGGUGUUUUCAUUCAUUUACAUUGCGUGACAGAGUAGAAUAGUGCUGUGAUAUAUAUAAGCUAUAGCACGUGUGCAAGUUUUUUUUUUUUUUUUUUACACUAUGGGUUCCUCAGAGAUAAGAAGAUCAGUCAUAGGAGGUUCUGCUGGCAGGAGCCUCAGAUCUUGUUUAAUAGCGCUGAAUGAAAAACAUGGCAGAGAACCUAUGGAAAUCAAAUACCACCUUUAUAGAUGGCAGAGAUCCUCCAGGGUGGAGGUUGGCCCACCCCUCCAUUCUGGCUGGCCAUUCUAGUAAGGUGUCAUUCUGUUCUAGGGAUUCUCUACCGGCUUAGCAUAUUCUUAUAUAAGCUAAAAGAUAGCUCAUUUAUGGCAAAGUCCAAUAAAAGCCUCUUUAGCUAUAAUGUACUUUAACAUUUUCACUUGGAACACUUUCACUUUUAAUUUAUUAUUUUACACAUUAUUAUAAAACUUAAUUUAUCUUCUAAAUAUUUAUGUUUUUUUUAUUGCAAAUCAUAAAAUGUUGCAGUAUCUUGUAAUACCUUUUUUAUUGGACUAACAUAAUUUUGUAGAGACAAGCUUUCGGGAUUCCUCCCUUUAUCAAGUCCAAAGCAAAUCUUCUAAAAUACAAUAAACAGUGACAUCUUCACAAAUAUUACGGUUUUACCAAAAGACUAUAUAUUGUACAGGCUAUACAGUAUAUUAUAUGGAUGUGUGUGCAAGAAUAGCUAAAUAAAAUAUUCUCC